AUGACUGUCUCUACCUGGCAAGAGAAAGCCGCCGCCAAACGGGCCGAAGCAGACGCUAAAAUCCCCUCCGAAUGGCGACUGCCAGCAGAUUUUCUUCAGCAGGUCAAGAUCAACGACCAAUGUGUCCUAGAUGUGCCCUCAAAGUGUGGUCUUCUCUCCGCAGCGGAGCUUGCGAUUACAGAAAUCCAAGACGCAACGGCCUUACGAGACAAGCUCGCAGCGCAGGAAUUGAGCGCCGUCGAGGUCGCGACUGCGUUCUGUAAGCGAGCUGCCAUUGCGCAGCAGUUGACAUGCUGCCUCACGGAAACCAUGUUCCCACAGGCACUGGCUAGAGCGAAGGAGCUUGACGAACACAUCAAAACAACAGGAAAACCCAUUGGACCGCUCCACGGUGUGCCCAUUAGUCUGAAGGAAACAUUCAACGUGGAAGGCGUUCACACUUCGCUCGGAUUUGUUUCGUUCUUGGACCGUCCACCAGCCACUCAGAAUUCUGCCCUCGUGGCGAUUCUUCUUGCGGCUGGAGCGGUGCUAUAUGUCAAAACGAAUGUACCACAGACCAUGAUGACCGCAGACUCGCAUAACAAUGUCUUUGGUCGCGUGUUGAAUCCCCAUCGCGGCAAUCUUACGGCCGGGGGUAGCAGUGGUGGCGAGGGAGCCUUGAUAUCGAUGCGUGGAUCGAUCUUGGGCAUCGGCACCGAUAUUGCAGGGUCAAUCCGGAUUCCAGCCUUGUGCUGUGGUACCGUUGGCUUCAAACCGAGUGUCGGUCGCGUGCCUUACGGCGGUCAAACUAGUGCUGGUCGUCCAGGAAUGACUGGCAUUGCCCCGGUGGCUGGACCCCUCUGUCACUCGGUUCGGGAUGCAGAGUUGCUCCUUCGCGUGGUAUACAAUGCACCGGCGGAUGAUAUGGAUGACACGGCCCUUGGCUUUCCAUGGAUAGAGCCCGCCAAGCCGUUAAGCCAGACGCUCACCAUUGGCCUUCUGCCAGAAGAUCCACAGGCGCCGUUGCACCCCAACAUGCAGAGGACUCUCGCGCUGGCCGCAGAAAAGCUGACUAGGGCGGGCCAUCGUAUCGUCGAUCUAUCGGGCCAAGUCCCGUUCCAGGCGUCGGCGUCAGAUCUGUCAUUCCGAUUCUUCCGUAUUGAUCCAGAUCAGACGCAGGUGCAGCAUAUCCGAAAUGGUGGGGAGCCGCCCAUUCCGUCUCUUCGAUUCACUUAUGACCUGGAUGGAAAGGGAAGUGAGGCAACCCUUCGAGACUUGUUCGCCCUCAACGUCGCUAGAGCAGAAAUCGCAGCCCAAAUCCGCCGCGUGUACCUGGAUAAUCAACUUGAUGUGAUCAUCGGGCCUGGAUAUCAGAGCACGGCAGUCCCUCAUGACACGUAUGGUGUUCCAAUGUACACCGUCCUCGCCAACCUAGUCGAUUACCCGGCCUGUGUCAUUCCCUUUGGCAAAGCCAACUCCGUCGCUGAUGCGAAUUUUAUUCGCAACGUAGACUAUUACCCACCCUAUGAUCCGAAAGAGCUCGAGGGCGCGCCAUGCCACGUGCAGCUGAUCGGUCGUCGCCAGAAGGACGAAGCGUUAGUACGGCAUGCGCAGAUCGUGGAGGCCAUUUUAGCGAAAUAA